GUGCUUUUACCUCCAGCCCUGUACAAAGGGCGUGGAAACUCGUGAAUAGAUCGCCACAAUCUUAACCGGGCUCCUAGGAGUAUCACGUAUUUCACAGGACUGCAGAGAGACGUGCUCAUAGAAGAUGCAACCCUGAGCUGUGCCUGUUAGAUAGGAGAUGGGGAAUCUGGUCCUCCAGAUGUUUAUUGUUUAUUUAAUUUAUAUACCACCCUAUACCUGGGGGUCUCAGGGCAGUUCACAGAAUAAAAUCAAGAUAUAAAACCACAAAAUACCUAAUAAAACUAAAAACAACAACCCAAUAGCCCUCCCCCCCCAACAAAAAAAACCACAUUUUAAAAGCCAUAGGAUGUCAAUCAGAUCAACCAAAGGCCUGGUUAAAAAGGAAUGUUUUUGCCUGGCGCCUAAAGGUGUAUAAUGAAGGUGCCAGGCGAACUUCCCUGGGGAGAGCAUUCCACAGAUGGGGAGCCACUGCAGAGAAGGCCCGUUCUCAUGUUGCCAUCCUUCAGAAAUCUUGAGGAGGAGGCACACGAAGGAGGAUGUUGGGACUAGCAUGGUCAAGGCUCAAGGAUGGUGAGAGCUGCAGCCCAGCUACAUCUGGAAUGUUAAGAGGUUCCCCCACCCCAGAUUAGGCCAAUGUUAGAUGCUGAAUCUAUGGCAGGAAAUGUAUUAAUUUUAUUUUAUUUUGCAAGUUUUAAAGAACAGCUACUUGUUACAGCUGCAUUCUUAAGCGUAAAAUCCUGUCUUAUAACUGAGGAGCUCUGAAGUUCAGAGAGAUACAGCUCGACAUGGAUCAGGGAAAAUAAGUGGACAGAGGACAGUAACUUAGCUACAGUCAUAACCUCAUUUACCUGGGAGUAAGUCCUAUUGAAUUCUGAGUUAGGAAAUGGUCGUGAUUGGUCUGUUAGUUUAAGUACAGCUCCUUCAGCAAGAAAACAAGGCCCUGUGCAUUUUUAUUGAGAAGUGAGCCUUGCUGGCUUCAGUAGGGCUUACUCCUAAGGAAUGGUGUACAGUAUAUAAUUGCACAGAAUCCAACAUAUUAAGACAUAUUAGAGAGUAAGAUGAACUUCAAACAGCAGAGAUAUCCACGUAUACUUCCAACAUUUUACAGAUACAAUUUAGAAUACUCCUGAAUGUGUGACACCAGAGACUGAGAUUCUGCAGCAGAGUGCCUUUCCUUCACCAUAUUACAUGAAAUAAAAACAUAAGCAUGAGAUGUGGAGUGGACUGUUACCUCCUGGUGUGAAUGAAAGUGAUGUUGAUACGAGUUCUGAUGAUGAAGGAACAUGGGAUGGGCCUGGGCCUGAGUCCAUCUUAAAAGAGGAAAGAGAACAAAAGGAUUUGAAAGGCAUUCUGUCUUCCAGCUCUGAGAUUCAGGAACCGGAAAGUAUCACUGAAGGCAAUCCUUUUACAGCAGUGGCAGAUGAAGGACAGGAAUUCCAAACAUGUCCUUCUGGAGUUUCAUUAGAUAUGUGGAAAAAAUUUCAGAGCCUGCAAAAGAAAAACAUUGAAAUGAAAAUCCAAGUCAGUCAGAGAGACAGGAGGGGAAAGAGAAAGCGUUCCAGAAAAGGUAAAUUUAAAAAGAAAAAUGAAGAAACAACUGAAAGUCAACAAUCCAUAAAAGAAAGCCAGUUGGAAGAGCUUACUCAGUAUUUUGGAAUCAAUGACAGGUUUAAAUCACUUUCAAGCAAGGAAGCCCCUCCAAAGUCUGGCCUUGAAAUCAGCAUAGACAGAUCAUUGGCUGAAGGAGAUAUUACACAAGCCGAGGAACUAAGUGAUAGAUUAGCUAGUCGAGAGCUUGGUGUGAAAAUUUCCAAAGCUGUUGCUUGUCGAAAUUUUGUGAAAACAAAGCAAGAUGCAGAAGCUUCUCAAGAAGCCCGGAAGAAAAAGAAGCUUGCAUGGGGGUUUGAAGCCAAGAAAAGAUGGGAAACUAAAAGCAACAUGGGAUACAUGUAGUUAGUUGUGUCUUGGAAGGGGUGGGGGUGUUUGUUAAUAUUGAAGAUACAUAAAUUAUGUUUUUCGUUGGGUUUUAUUUCCAUUAGUUGUGCAGCUGGGGGAAUCACCGUUGAGUAAUUUAGGCUUGCAUUCCAUACUUAAGUAUCUCUGGUAUGUCUCGAAUAUACUCUGUUUCGCCCUGGAAACAUAUCCAAUUUAUUUCCUUUCAAAUAUCCUAAAGAUUUAAAUCUCUUGUUUGCCAUGUAACUAUUAAAAUACAGUCUAGGGGGAAAAAUUAUGUCUGAAUUUUUUCAGUUAUUUAUUAAUAUCAAAAACAAUCUUCAUUUACAACAAAACACUGUGUUUGGAAAGCCUUGUUUUUACAUAAUAAUGAGACCAGGCAAUGAAAAUAUUCCCUUAAAACAAAACCGCAAGCAAAUUAGCAAUAACUCCCACCCCCACCACAUUUCUUCAUAUGUCAGUUACCUGUAUGAGAGUUAAACUGGUAAAUUUCAUUUACUAUUAAGCAAGAUUGAAAUAUUAACUUAAUGGUGAUUUAUAAUAUUUGAGUACUUUGGGCUAAAACAUAGUGCCAAGAAAUAAUAAUUUGAAGGUUUAUGACAAGUCCAAAGUUUUCCGUCCUAAUACGGAGUAGUUCUUUCUUGUUUGGUAGCCCUGAGGGUGUUUGAUUUUCCCUCUUUCACAUGGAACACUUUAUUUCACAAAAUGAGCGUUUUCAGUACAGUAAGCUAAAGUCAACUGUAAUUAGUUAUAUUGACAGUUAAAUGUGCAGCAAAGGCUAUAAAUCACUGACCCAACAGGUUUGUACCACAAAGCCCCAUAAAUCAACAAAGUCUUUUUUCUGUAUCCAGGUACUGUUUUCGGAGGGGUUUUUGUUUAGUGAAGAGAGGAAGCGAGUAUUGUCGAGACCAGGCAUCCCCAAACUGCGGCCCUCCAUAUGUUUUGGCCUACAACUCCCAUGAUCCCUAGCUAAGAGGACCAGUGGUCAGGGAUGAUGGGAAUUGUAGUCCAAAACAUCUGGAGGGCCGAAAUUUGGGGAUGCCUGGUUGAGACUCUUAAAGUCUAUACAAACUUUGCUAUCAAACAAUGUGGGCCUCUUAACUGUCCUGUAUGGGCUGAUAAUGCCCACAUAAAUGUUAAUAAGACAGCACAUGCUUAGGCAGUCCACAGCCACUAUUAAUAAUAUUGCCAACGAAUGAGGGGUUGCUUUUUUAAUAUUUCCAAGGCAUCCUUUUUGUCUUCUGGUUCUCCAAGGUGCAGUCCUGCAAAGAUUGCAUACCUGUAUGCAUAUAGAGAAGGACUUACUAAGUAGCAUGAGCAAGAUACUGAAAAGGGAAGUCAAGUACUAGACCAUAUGAGGCAAUUGUGGGUAUAGGUGGGUCGGCCUAGUAGUAGCAGCAGUGGGCAAGGUUGGAAUUAUCCCUUAAAGUCAAGAGGCAGACCUUAACAUGCAUCAACAGCCUUCCCUCCCCUCCCCAAAAACUUGGCAAGAGCUACUAAGGUCUUGUGGCACUGAGCCUGGAGCAGAAGCAGCCAUGCUGUGCUCACGUCAUGUAUUUAUAUGAUGGAUCCUGCAUUUGACAUGAGAGAUCAGUUUACUUACAGGACGACAGUUUGCAUCUAGCCCCCAUGCUAAAGCACCUCUAGCUAUCAUGGGCUACAGAGGAUAAGAUUUCGAAAGAAAUAUGUCUUUAUUGAGAUCAGGCACAGAUGGUAAUAAAGAUGAUAGUAAAGAUGGCAUAGAUCUGAAUAGGGAAGUAAAUAAAAAGAAUAAUUUCUAAGACUUGGGAGGGUUUGUGCUGCUGACAGCAUGCACAGUUAAGGGCUUUGGAUGAUAUAGGAUAAAAUGGGAAUAGUUCCCUCUGGAAUCUGAAACAGGUGCAAGUGUGAGAUUAUCUGAAUGUCUUAGCCAUUUAACUUGCAGAAAAUGAUAUUUGAGAAAGGGAUUCAUUCUUUUUAUCGGACUAAGAAGAAACUACAGUAACAAAGCAUAGCUUGCCAUGGUUAGCUGCUAGCCAAAUGAAAUAAGGUGCCACAUUGUACUUCAAAAGGCUGUCAAGCUGCAUAGAAAAGUGAAUUCCACACUGAAGACAUAAAUGAUAGGCACUGGAUGGUCAAUGGCAAUAACGUAGUGCAGAGCCAAGAUACUUUCUCUCCCCCAUCCCAUCCAACUUUGGCUCCCCAUUCACAAAUUGCAAAGUAGCUGGCUUUUAAACAUGCAAAAGUCCCAUCAAGUGACUUUACCCCAUUUUUAAGCCCCAAGCUGAAGUACCAGUGGCAAGAGUUGUGGAAAGGUCAAAACAAUAUGCUGAAACCAGUAUAUUGAUUGUGGUCAAAUGCAUCACCAAAAAACUAAAGGAACAGAAGUUGUCCUGGCUCAGGUAAGAGUUGGGCACAGAGACUCCACCAAUCAGUAUCCAUUGAGGAAGAGGUCCCACUCAUGUGCGUACCUUGUACUGCUCACUGUUGAUCAUACCUUGCUAGAGUCUCCACAGUUUUUCUGUAUACCCAUUUCUCUGUUCUGCUUUUAGCCUCAGUUGUAGAUGACAAUGCUGAUCUGCACAUUUUAUUCUGCUUUAUGAGCUCUAGUGCAGGCCUCCUCAACCUGUCAUACUUGCCUACUUAUGUUGUCUCUCUUUUUUUCUCCCCAAAGAAAUAGAAAACUAAAGCAGCCAUUUGUGUUUCUAGAAAUAGAUAGAAGUUUGACCUAUGCUAUAGUAAAAGUUUUAAAAACACACAACACUACCCAAUUAUCAUGUGGUGUUCAGAUUAGGGGCAGGUGUAAUUUGUUGGCUAUUGGAACAGUUCAACAAAACAGAGAUCACCUAGGGGCAGCCAUUGCUUCUGCAACUGGGCUUCAUUUGAAAACAUGUUCCAUGUCAACUAGAAUGAAGUUUCUGGUGUUGAAUUAUUGGCUGCAAUCACAAUUCAUAGACAAUUCUAGACUUUCCAAAUUACACUUAAAGGAACUGGACUAUUAUGACCUUCUGAAUAACAAUUAUUGGUUGGCUCAGAUUCACAAACAAGCCGAUGUUGCUUUUCAGGGGAGUUCAUCUUGGAACAAGACUGUCUAUGGGUAAAGGUCCUGUUCAAAACUAGACAUACUACAAGAGGAUCUAGCAUCAAGGGAUGAAAUGGUCCCAGGCUCUUUAAAACAGGCAGCAAUUAGACCACUCCUGAAGACCUCAACAACUGUAGCCCCAUUGCAAACAUGCCCUUCCUAGGCAUGGUGUUCAAGAGAGUGGUUGCACUCUUGGAUGAAACCUAUUUUCUAGAUCCAUUUCAAUUGGGCUUUAGGCUGUCUUGGUUGCCCUGAAGGAGGGAGUGCAACCCUGCCAAUUCUCUUGGACCUUUCGAUCCCACAGACCAUGGUCUCCUGGAUAGAUGGUCUCAGUUGGGUGUUGGAGGUAGAGCAUUAGAGUGGAACUGCAGCUGCAUGAUCCUGCAUUCCAGAAGGUGGCGCUCCACAAUUACUCCUUUGCCCCUUGGCAGUUAUACUGCAGAGUCAUAUUGGGGAUCCAUUUUCUCCCUUGUGCUGUGCAACAGUUACAUGGGAAUGUUCAUCCAGAGAUACUGCCUCAAAUGUCACCAAUGAUGGAUGAUGCCCAGCUCUAUCUUUUCCACCUGGGUAGGUGGUGGAUGUUCUGAAUUGGUGCCAGAGAAUGCUAAUGGACUGGGUGAAAAUCAACAACUUGAGACUCAACCUUGAUGAUGAUGAUGAUGAUGAUGUUGAUGAUUAGCCAAAGGCCUAGGAGAAGAGGAAUUGUUUUGCUUAGUGUAUGAAGAUAUGUAACAAAGGUGCGAGGAGAGCUUCCCUAGAAAGAGCAUUCCACAAGCAGGGAGCCACUGCAGAAAAGGCCUGCUCUAAUGAUGCUGCCCUCCAGAUCUCUUGCAGAGGCACAUGAAGAAGAGCUGAUUUUGUUCACAGGGUCCGUCCAGGUCAGUUUCUAUGGGGAGAGGCAGAUAACUUGGAUGAGUUGUUAGUGGGUGGUUUGUUUGCCCAGUUGAGUUGUAGCUAGGUCCAUUAUAUUCUUUCUAGAGGCUCAGGUUCACAGAGGGUGCAAGAUCCUCCCUUUUAAAAGGUAAAGGGUAAAGUGAACCCUGACAAUUAAGUCCAGUCGUGAGCAACUCUGAGGUUGCGGCACUCAUCUCGCUUUAAAGGCCGAGGGAGCCGGCAUUUGUCCGCUUCCGCAGACAGUUUAUUCCGGGUCAUGUGGCCAGCAUGACUUGGCCAGCAUGACUAAGCUGCUUCUGGCUAAACCAGAGCAGCGCACGGAAACGCCGUUUACCUUCCCACCGGAGUGGUCCCUAUUUAUCUACUUGCACUGCGUGCUUUCAAACUGCUAGAUUGCUACAAUGGGUCAUAUGUGGGUCUUUGAAAAAGGCCUAGACGCUUUAGCUGAUCCAAAACAAGACAGCAAGAUUACAAACCAGGCCAGUAUGUAUGGGGGUCUUAGGGGAGGGGUUGUACCUCUGGUGGGAGACAUGUCGUGCUCCUUCUGGGGUAGACUGCCCAGCCUUGGUCCCCACCCUGAAUUCAGCUCUCACCUGUGGCUCCUAGAAGCAUGGCCACACCCUGGAAAAUGGCUUUGACUGGCCGGCUAAACUAGGUGAGGGUAGCCAAUGGGUCUCAAACCCUUAGUGAGUUAGAGACUUCCUCUGCAUGAGAAGGCAGGCUGUGAUGGAUUGAGCAGAUGAAAUCAACAGUGACUCCAAAAGUCAAGAAGGUGGUUUCUGCAUGUGCUGUAGGGGCAAGUGAGGGGCAGGUGGGUCCCAUCAACCUGGGAAGGUAGCCCAUUUAGGAGAAGGAAAACUUAAAUCUCCACUGCCUUGUGGAUGAAGAAAAGAGAUAGGGCAACCAGAGAUAGGGCCUUUCCCCACAAUGCUGGCCCUAUUGCGGAAAGCCCUCCUCAGAGAGGCUCACCUGCCACUUUCCCCCAUCUUUUUAAAGAUUCUCACUGUUUUCAGCUCUUCUGUGCUAAUGUGGGUUUUCAGGCUGCUGUUUUUAGCUAGCUCUGUACUACAGUUUGUUUUAUUCUGCUUAUUUUUAGAGCUCUUGUUUCAUUUCCCCUCCUAUCUAUGGAGACAAGUAGGGACAAGCAAUGCGCCAAGUAAUCGUCCAAUCAUCCUAUGCAGCAUAGGAUUUGUUGAAGACACACCAUAUUACUCCACUGUGUUACAGCUGCCUUGCAGUUGUCAUUGUAUUUUGGUCCCUUUGGUUAGCCAUCCCAGCAAAUGUAGGGUGGUCUUAUUUGUUACUGUGUUUUUGUGUUCUUGUAAUUUCAACCACCUUGUGAUCUUCUGAUGAAGGGCAGUGUAAGAAAUUUAAUAAAUAAUAAUAACAGCAUAGGAACCUGCCUUACACCGAUUCAGACCAAUUGAUCAUUUCAGAUCAGCAUUGUCUACACAGACUGGCAGUGGUUUUCCAGGGUUUCAGCCAAGGGAUAUUCCUAACCCUACCUGGAUAGGAUGUGGAUUGAGCAUGGAACAUCUUCCAUGCACAGCCUGUGCUCUGCCACUGAGCUAUGGCUCUUUGCCAAUGAACUGGUAUAGGCCACACUAUUUUUACUACUGAUAAAUGCCCUUGAUUGAGUGUGGUGGUGAUGGUGGUCUGAAUGGGUAAUACUGAAAUGGCUUUGACCAUACAAUAUAAGCUGACAUGACUUGACUUGAUCUCUAUCUCCUCCUUAAUGGGUAAUUGAACCUUUCACAGGGGGAAAGAAUCCCAAAUGACUGGUGUGAUUCAUAGGCCUCCAACAUUCUUGACAAUUAUUUCUGUAGCGGUUGUGGUUAAACAGGCACAACAGCAUUCUAAAUUGUCAAUUUUCUCUCCUCCGCAAUGCUUUCCCAACACUUUAUGCUGAUUAUAGGAAGUAAUUUCUGAAGCCUUGACUUCAACUAUAAUCAAUCAAUAUUUUGACAGCAUAGAGUACUUUAAAGGGAGGCUUGCAGUGAAUGUUUUUAAAUAUCAGUCAUCAAACGUAUUUCUUCAUUUCUACACCGUGCAUGCAAAUCACUAAUACUUACUGCAAGACAAGUCACAGGAAAGAAUUCCUCCUCCUCGCAAGGUCUGUCAAGCGAAUCACUGAAACUGUACCCAGAUGUAUUGUUAACAUCUUGUUCUCCAAGUCACAAACUAUUCCCUUUCUUGGAUGCCUAAAAAGAAAUGAUGGUGAAAGCAUUGUCUGCCAUCAAUCGACAUUUGCUACUCACUUGCCUAUAUCAUUAUCACAUGAGGACCAUUUACACAUAUCACUAGUGGUUCUGGAGCUGUUUUGCUGUGGUGUGCUCCCCCAACGCAGUGGUAUGAAUCUGAAUGCCAGAAUCAUGCGUACCAAUCCAGUUGCAUGGGUUUCCCCCAUGAUCAUUGACCAAGUGAGCAAGGAAACAAGCAGGGGGAAGGAUUCCUGUGAUUGAUCCUCUUCAGAUGUGUGCCGCUGUGCUAUGCAAUCUCCUUUACCCACGAGGGCAGCCUUUCUCAACCCUAGAUGUUGUUGGUCUAAACUGCUAUCAUCUUUGACUGCUGGUCCUGCUAGCUAGGGAUGACGGGAAUCCAACAACAUCCAAGGUUGAGCGAGGCUACACUAAAGUAUCUAAAAAUUUCAUGCAAUUCACCUUCGUUUAUUUUCAGAAAUGUUUAUAGACUGCUAAACAUUUAACAUGACCAUAGUGGUGUACAAGAUUAAAUCCGAAUGCAAUGAUACACAUGCAGUGUAGUUCCCAUAAAAUUCUGCCAGUGAGUAGACUCAUCUCUUUGGGAAAGGCUGCAGAAUUUUUAAAAAACUGUUUAAAAGAAGGCUUAUGGCCACUGUCUAAUUUCUAUGGGUAUUGCGUUCCACAGCUCUGAUGCUACUAUACUAAAGGUCCUAGUCCACAGAACCAUAGAACACACUUCUGGUGCAUGCAAUCUUACAAGGAGGGCUUUUUCAUAUUACUGUAGUCACUGUGCAGGAAUAUAGGGAAUAAGGCAAUCCCUCAGCUAUGAGGGGUGGUGGGGGACCAAGGCAAGCAUCACCCAUUAUGUGGGCAUUCUAGUGUCAUUUGAAUAAGCCAAUGUUAUGGAGACAAGAAGCCAUGGCUUUAAAAGGGUUUGCUGCCUGUAUUCCAGCACUAGCAAUAAAAAGCAGGACUGUAGCAGAAUUUUAUGUUGUGGCAGUAACGGGGAGCAGUGGCAAUCAAAUGAAAUGCUUGUGUUCUGCUUGAUUAUCAGGAGAAUUUCCCGAACUCUUUAAUAUUUGUCAUUUACCUUCCAUGAUAGUGAUAAAGAAAAGGCUUUGCGUUGUUCUCUUUAUUUCAUUUUUCUUAUGGGACUGGUAAACAUUAGGAAAAGAAGAGGUUUUAACUGGAAGAAAUAUGGGUGUUAGCAAUAUAUUGUGGGUUUCGCGGUAGAUAGUCAUUCUACCUUUCUCUAAAUUUCUUUCCUUAAAAGCCCUGAUCAUUGUUUUGUGGUGAUAAUUAUUAGAAUCCUGAUGGCAAUGGUGUUUUGUUCCCUGUGUGACGGCAUGGAGGGAAUCUGUGUGAUGUUAUUUCACUUUGUGAUAAACCAUGAGGUCUGUACUUAUCUGCACUGUUAUUCGCAUUCCUCAUAAUUCUGCCCUUUCAGCCAACUUCCUAUACAUUUUGAUCUGUCCUUGAUGAAUUGCUGUGCAGUGACUUCAAAUGGUCAACAGUUAAUGAGACCAAUGACCUCACACUGUUUAACAUGUAGAUUUGUCAUUUGAUGGAUUGCUGUUCUGCUUUAUACAGUAAGCAAGAAGCCAUUAAACACGCCACUCUUUAGGUAUUUAUAAAACUCGGACUGGAGCCUUUGUUGGAAACACCAGAUAUGCAACUCAUUAUUUACAUUGGGGGCUAAAGUUACCUUUUGGCACUGAGGCCAAUUAAUAAGAAGACAUGUUAAAGCCAUUGAACAGAGGCAAAUGUAUGUAAAUUAGGAGCAGAAUAAUUAUGAAGCUGCACUUGCAGUUUGAAAUGUUACCCUGUCCUGCAGUGCAAUUUUGCAAAAGAACUUGAUAUUGGCAAACGGAUUGUUGAUGGAAAUAACAGGCAAGGGCUGGGUCGAAUCCCUCACUGCUGAUUUCUGGGGUUGUGUUCCAAAAGUUAAUGCCAGCAUUCUUCCAUUUUAUUUUAUUUUAUUUAUUACAGGUCUUAAAUCCCUAAAAUGUUUUCCAGAGCAGCUAACAAUAAAGCCAACCAUUUUUAAAGAAUCAUCACAUUAAAACGCAAGACAACACAGCAUAAGCAAUGAUGGCAGGUGUCAAAACUGAUUAAAAAGCAUAAGCUGGUAAAGUCCUCUGAAGAUGAUAUCGAAAUCUGGGUAGAGUUGUGCGGAAGCAAAUGGUUUUGGAGGUACACUAUACUCCGUCUUAGCAUUUCAAUGAAUCACUUUCAUGCUAAGUUUCAUCAUGCCUAAAGACAGCUACGAUGCAAUCUGCCACACUCUCAAAGCAGGGGCGGCAAACCGGUGACCGACCAGAUGUUGUUGAAUGAUGACCCCAAGAAGUCCCCACUUGCAAGGACAAUGGGCAGAGAUGAUGGUUCAGCCGCAUCUAGCAGGCCACAUGGUAACCACUCCUCCUUUAAUGUGACUUUAGUGCGGAGAUUAUUCCAUAGGGGUAGAUAUAAAAGUGCCCUCAGGGAUGAUGGAGAAUGCUAUCCUGUUGGCAGUGCUGAAGCAAGAUUGAGCCAGUCCGACUGGCUUCUGUGAAUGGAAUGUGGGGGAGGGAAGCCAUCUUGUCCUUUGCUUCAGGCAGCAAAAUGUCUUGGGCUGAUUCUCUGAUUUUGAAAUUCCUCAAUGGGUGGAUGCUGGCUUGACACCCAUUUAUGCUAAGACUGGCUCGUAUCAGAGCCUUUCAUCCUUCACUUCCAUGAGAAGUACAAUCGCUUAGAAUUAAAGUAAAACACAACAAAGUAAUUAAUCCUGUAUGAAUGUUCAAACAUUUCUGAGACUGCAGAUUUUUUUUUCCUCCUCCCCCGAGACUCUGCACUUCCUCUGAGGGCAAUCCAAAAAUCUGGGUAAAGUGUUUUUAGUAUGAAGAAACAGAUUAUUUUUUCCCCCUCCCUCCAAGUGAUUGUAGCAUGAUACCUUUACCUGAAUCCUUUUAGAUAACAAGCAGCAUAUUGUGUUUGGUUCAUUUAUCUCUGAUUGAAGAGUGCAAGAGGACCACGCUUCAUAGGCAGUUGGUGAUAGUCAGAUCAAGGAGGGACUUACAGGCAUUCAUCUGGAAAGCAAGAGGGAUUGUAUUAACAACAGUAACAUCCACUGUGUCACAAAAAAUAAAUAAAACCAGUAGAAUAAAGGGAUUAAAAAAGUGUUAUGGUAAAUAUAUUCCCAGAUGUCUGUUCUGAUUCUAUAGUUCAGUAAUAUAACACUUUUGGGCUCCAUUUGCUCUAUACAUUUACCGGUAAAGCAGUAUCAUAGCACUUUAAACAGCCAUGGUUUCCUCCUCUCACACUCCCCCAAAAUCCUAGGAACUGUAGUUUGUUAAGGGAGCGGAGAGUUGUUAGGAGACCCCUGUUCCCCUGUAUUUUGUGUUUUUUAUAUUGUGAGUUUAUGUUGUGAACUGGCCUGAGAUCUAUGGGUAAAAGGUGGUAUAAAAAUCAUAAUAAAAAUAAACUACAAUUUAACAAUCCAUCUCUCUACCCAGUGAACUCUACCUAAUCCCAGGGGUGGCUCAAAGACUCACUUGCUGGGGUGGCGCAACAGCUUCCAGCCAGAGUUCAGUAAGAUAUCAUGGAACUUUCCUGCUUUUCUAAGUAUUGUACACAGGAAACUUGGGAGCAGGUUACCUAAGGGACUACCUUGUCCCAUAUAUCCCUGCCCAGAAACUACACUGCUCAGGUAGGGCAUUGCUGAGAGUGCCACAUACUCUUGAGAUGUGCUUAGCUUGUGCUAGAAGCCAGGUUUUAGUGUUGUAGCUCCAGCCCUCUGGAAUGAAUUACCAGCUGUGAUUGUCCAAGCCAUUUAUGACAUAUUAAGAGCACAUCUGCAGAAAUUGUUUCAUUGUUCUUGUAGAAUUUGUUGAAAUGGUUUCACUGUUUUUAGGCCUUGUGUUUUGUUCUACUUUUAUCUCAUUCUUGAAUGAGAAUGUUUAGCAAGUGUGUUUUAUGUGGCGUUUUAAGGUCUUUUAUGCAAAGCAUAAUGGCCUGCAGU